CGGUUCAGUGAGUUACGAGUUGCGUCCGGGUUCGCCGUACGUGCGAUAACGGGGGCGUCAAUCGGAUCGCGCGAUUGGGAGAGGAUUCCUAACCUCGUGCACGUUCUCCUCUCUCUCUCUCUCUCCUCUUUCUCUCUCUUCCUCUUUCGUCCACUAUUCUAUUUCCGUCUCUCCAUUUCUGCUCCUUUUCCUUCCUACCUUCGGUCCGUCCCUCUCGUCGUUCGGCAACAGGUUUGAAUUUAUGGGACAAUAAAGAGUGCGGUGCGUAGUGCGCGCGUGUUUCCUCUCUCUUUCUCGCCGCAGAGGGGACGGAUAGACAGCGAGAGAGAGAGAGAAAGGGAGAGAAAGAGAGAGAGAGAGAGGGUCUCCUCCGUCUGCGAAGAACAGCGCGGCGGAGACUAUCAAACUCUCAUAAAACUGUCAGCCGCGGCCGGCCGGCCUGACUUAUGCGCGCCCCUUCUCUUAUCCGGAAGUGGAUCGACAACAGAAGUGCUCUCUCUCAUCCCCCCUCUCUCAUUAUCCCUACGAUUUCACCUCCCUGUAUCCUCGAACAUCUCGCGGAAAUAAUAAUAAUAAUAAUAACAACAAUAUAAAAUCGGAAGUAAGACGAGAAGAAUAAUCGGGAGAGACAGGACGCGGCGGAAGUUGCAAAGCGAUCGCUUCGAGCGGGGAACCACCUCUUUCUCUUCUUUCUUUUCACGAGGGUGUACGAGGCGGAAGGGGGCGCGUGCGCGCGUUGCCCCCUUGCAGAGGAGACGGCAAACGGAAGACUGUUUCUCUGGUGACGUUGCGUUCCACAAGGUUGAAGGAAAAGAGAGAAGCAGAGAGAGAGGAGGGGGAGAGGGAGAGAGAGAGAGAAAGAUCCUCGCCCCACCACAACCACCACCAUCGUGGCUCCCGAAUAUCUCUCCAUUAGCCCCCCUGACGGUGCUAUCCCCUCUCUGUGACCCCUCUGUGUCUCGCUCGCGCACCCCUCUCGUCGCCUCCUGUCACGUCGGCCAGCGGCACACGGGCACCAGCGCCGGCAGCACCGCCACACAAACCCGUCGGAGACGUAAGGAACGGGGUUGAAGAAUCCUACGCCGGCGGAGAGGCCAAUCAAGGUUUGACGAACGACGGGGAUUGGUCGAGGCGCUCCUCUGACACGCAGAGAGCGCGGGCACGUGACAAGCUACCGCACACACACCGUUGGGGCCUCCGUUGGAUCGUGGCGAGGCCUUCAGUACGAUACCAACCACCCUCCGCGCACGCAACAGGGACACGAGCCGCGGCAAUAAAGCUUCUUCACCCCCCUGAUUGCGAGGAGGUGAUACCUGUGCACGAAGAGACCGAUUAUUUUUCGCAAGCGAGCAACAACAACAACAACGACGACGACGAUAAUAGUUUUUUCAUCGAAGAGUAGUUCGGUUUCGCUCGCGGAUCUCGAUCUGUUUUCGAAGGGAUUAUAAUAAAACGAUAGACACGUCGGGACACACGAGUGAAGGAUAAUACAAGAGGGAAUAAGAGAGAAGUGCAUGGGGGUCUCGUCUUCAAUGGGGCGACUCGAUAAGCCGGCCGUUACGCGCUACUGCACGCUGCCUCGACGAGUUCUCUGUAGGUAAUUGCGAGCCGUGAGGUCGUAAAGAAGCGAGAAGACAGUUUUAUAGCCCAGGCCCACGUGGCCCUCGUAAAACUCGACGCACAGGUCGCCUCGGCUCUCUCUCUCUCUCUCUUUCCCCUCUUUCUUUCCUUCUUUCCUUCCUUCUUUCCUUCCUUCCCUCCUUCCUUCCUUCCUCCUUUCCUUCCCUCCUUCCUUCCUCAUCGAAUAUCGUUUCUUUUUAAAGGUUUCGCGUAUUCCGUACACCGCGUCCUAUGACCAGCACAAGUGUGAACGCAAGAAGGUAGAGAAGCUACCUACUACACAGUUCAGUUCAGUUGUGUGACAUGUUCGGCCACGUUCGUAAUUGUCCUCGUCGCGACACACGGGUGACGGCAUCGUCCGUUUGAAACGGCGAGUUUUCGUGCGCGCGGCGAGAAUAAUCGAGGAAAGGAGAGGAAAGGAAAAAAAAGGAAACGAUCCAAGUGUUGUUCGAAUCUUUUUUUGUGAAGAAUCCUUGUUUGUGUCUCUCCCUCCCUCCCUCCCUCCCUCUCUCCACCUUCUGGUGAACCAUGAGCUCCUAUCAGUUCGUCAACUCUCUGGCGUCGUGCUACGCGGGCCAACAGGCCCAGCAGCAGCCACGGGCCACGGCCAACUCGCCCGGGGAGCCGUUGCAGGCCGCCUCGCCCGCCGGUGGCGAUUACUACAACCCGAACGCUGCGACGACCAGCUACCCGGCCCCGUGCUACUCGCCCCAGCAACACUAUCCCCAGCACCCGUACGCGACCCCCGCCUCGGGCAUGCAACACACCGCCCCCACGGGCAUGAUAGACUACACGCAGUUGCAGCCCCAGCCCCGGCUCACAGCGGCCAGUUUGCACCAGCAGCAACAGCACCAUCCCCAGCAACAGCACCAUCCCCAAGCGCAGCAGCAGCAGCAGCAGCAACAGCAACAGCUCCACCAGGACCCGACCGCGCCGUUGCUGCAGUCCGGUGCCCCGUCCGCGCCCUCCGCCUCCAGCUGCAAGUACGCCGACUCGACGGGCUCGACGGGCGUCGCGUCGCCCCAGGAUCUGACCACGUCCACGUCGAGGAACAGUCCCACGCCGCUCGUCGCCGCAGCCGCCGCCGGCACCAGCAAAGCGGUGGGAACCGCGGGCCUCACCUCGCCGCCAGGGGCCUCCUCGAGGUCCUCGGCCGCCGCCGCCGCAGCCGCGUCGCCCGCCAGCGGCAGCUCCAGGCCCCAGGAGGGUAGUUCCGCCCUGACCACGGCCUCGUCCGCCUCCUCGCCCGCCUCCUCCACCUCGAGCACCUCGAGCACGGGCAACAACUCGUCCAACAAGAACAAUCCAACGGGGAACGAGCCGCCCAAGAUUUACUCGUGGAUGAAGAGGGUGCACAUCGGCCAGAGCACGGUGAACGCGAACGGCGAGGUGAAACGGCAGAGGACAUCCUACACCAGGUACCAGACGUUGGAGCUCGAGAAGGAGUUCCACUUCAACCGAUACUUGACCAGGCGGCGUCGGAUCGAGAUCGCGCACGCCCUCUGCCUCACGGAGCGGCAGAUCAAGAUCUGGUUCCAGAAUCGGCGGAUGAAGUGGAAAAAGGAGCACAAGAUGGCGAGCAUGAACAUUGUACCGUACCACAUGUCGCCUUACGGCCACCCUUACCAGUUCGCGCCCCACCCAGGCCAGUUCGCACACUUGGCCACAUAGGACGAGUUCUCGCCCGCCGAGCUCGGAGCACACGCUGUCCGGUUCCCCGGGAUGUACGGCGAGCAGAACUUCUAAAAAGGCUUUCCUCUCUCCUUCCCCUCUCCGCCGGCCUUGGCCAUCGUCACGAUUCGUACGUAACAGGUCGUCUUGCUCGAUGACUCAAGGGCCGGCCCGGGACGCAUUCAGUAGGACACACGUGGUGGAAUUGGGAAGGGAGGGCGAUCUCUGGCCACAGGCCGCCGAUAGGACCCGUCAACCGAGAGAAGAGAAUUCGUGUAUUUCCUCCUCUUUCUUUUUUUUUUUGUUUGCUCUCUUCUUCUUCGUCCGUCCAAACUUUUUUUUCUUCAGCCCGACUUGGUUAGUUAUGCAAUGUAUUUAAUUUGGAAUUUUUUUUUCAAUAGAUAAUUUGAUUAAAAGAGAGCGAGUAGAAGAUUUUAUAAUUUUGAAAAAUUUUUAUUAACGUUGAUAUCGGCCCGAGCCUGUGUCCAAAUUCGCAUAUGUAUGUUUCGCCACGUGGCGCGACUAUUCGAAGUGGAAGGGGAAGCCGAGAUGGAAAAAAAAAGAAGGAUUUUCUGCGAAGCAAAGCCGUGCGCCCGAUUAAAUGGGCUGGACGCGCUCCGAGGGGCAACCCGCCGCGGUUAUAUAAAUUAUAUAAAGCGAAGUAACCGGAAACGCGGACGGGGAGCCACCUCAGCGGGUGAGAUAAAACCGAAUCAAGUAGUUUUUAAGGGCUUAGAAAUUAGCGGUCUAAGUGAUUAAUUAAUUGAGCGAGUGAUUAAUUAAUUAUCUUGUCCGGCCGCGUCUAUUGUCUCGCAUCUUUUGGAUUCUUGGACGAAACAAAAGGGAGACGACACCCUCCUGCUCCAUCAUCCUCCCCUCCACGCUCCGCACUAACCUACGCACGAGCACGUAUUUCGAAACCGAAUGGAAAAAAAAAGGAAAAGAAAAGGAGGGGGGGAGGGAAAAGAAGGAACGCGGCUCCGACUUGUACUUACAUUACUUAACUUCGCGUCCCUUCUUCUUUCCUCUUCUCUUCUUUUCUCUCCUCUUCUUUCUCGCUCGUUCUCGAGAAGAAAAAAUCUAUCCCCUCCCUCCGUCCUCCUCCCCUCCCUCCUCCCCUCCCUCUGCGGGGGAUUCACCGGCCGGACGAAUCGACGAACGACGCAGUCUCCACAGACCGGUGGAACCGUCUGUUUCUAUGUGCACGUUAAAGUCUCUACCUACCUACCUACCUACCUACCUACGUAGUACGUAAGGUGCCUAUUAAUAAACACUCGAUCCAUACUUCGCCGCCGUUUUUUCGAUAGUGGCCCGCCUGAUACUUUUACUAAACUUUUACUCGCGAAAAAUCGAUAUAUAAUGAUGAUGCCGCCUCCACUUUAUAGCUGGAUAGUCGAUAUAACAGCCUAUUCUGUUUUUUUUUCUCCCUCUUCACGCCACGGUUAAGCCAAAUCGAAUAGGAGAGCACUUUCGUCUCAUUUACGAUCAACGUACGCGAUAUAUAAGCGAGAUAAAACAUGCGCACGUAAUAUAUUUGACGCGGUACUUAUUACUUGUAUGUUCCUCCUUUUCUACUCCGUUGUUUUCUCCUUUUUUUUUUUCUUUCUUUCUUUUCUUUUCUUUUUCUUUCAUUCCCUAAAGAUACGUGACAUUUUACGUGAAUAGGGGAUUAAGCUGUUCGUUGUGAAUAUACCGCAGUUCUUAUCUUGUCGACAACGAGUGACAAUUAAAUAGUUGAAUCGUUCUCUACCGAUAACUGUGGAUUCGCAAUUAUUGUGUCGGACACAAUUUUGACGGUGAAAGUUGUCUCGUUACAUUUGUGGAAUUUCUCGCGUUCGUAAUCGUUACACGCACAAUUCUUUUUUUUUUUUUUUUCCUUUAAAUUGUACAGGAAAUUAAACAACGUAUAAAACGUAUCAGUUUUGCCCAGAGACGAUAGAGGGAUCUUUCGCGAAAGGUACGCGCACGCGCAUGCGCCUCUCGUCUGGCUGCGCAUUCGCGACUGCGCAUCGCGACGCGCAAUACGAAAAGGAAAGAAAAGAACGAGAAAAAGGAUCAAUUUUUUUCAAGCGAGAGGAGGAUGAGAAAGGAAAUAGGAGCGAUCUAAUCGAAUAAAAGAACAGGUGUUUAAAUGAAUUUAGACAAUGUUUUCGUGGCGCGUUGUAACAAUUAGUUUUAUCUUGUGAUAUCGAAGACUCGAAAGAAAAGAAAGGAAAGAAAAGAAAAGAAAAGAAAAGAAAAGAAAGAAAGGUAUAAUAAUUAAAUUGAGAAAUAAAAAAUAAUAAAUCGCUCUAGCAAUCGCUCUCGUGCUUAAAUAAAAGAUGUCGUGAACUGCGUAAAAUUUUAUGCGAGGCAAAUUCGGAAGAAUACAGGGAUCUAUAAAAAAAAAAAGGUAUAUAUAUAUAUAUAUAUAUAUAAUAUUAUUAAUAUUCAAAGCGAGAGAGAGUGAGAGGGAGAGAGUGAAUGAGAGAGAGAGAGAGAGAGAGAGAAAAGAUUAAUAAAUGUAUAAGGUGAGCAAGAGCGAGCAAGGCGAAAAGAGAGAAAGAUAUAAGCGUAAGCUAUAACGUUGAAUUGUACAUAGCUAUUGAAUAUAUGGCAGAAAAAAGAAAAAAAAAAACACGAUAUUGAACGACGUUAUUAUCGUACGAGGCGCUAACGAACGAGCAACGAUUCCUCGAAAUAAUUCUUUUGCAGUCGAUAAGGGACA